GUCAACGGUGCCGAAUUGUGUAUUUGCUACUGAAAAUUAAAUAAUGGAAAAUUGUGCAGUUUGCAAUAAAAAUGCUCCAUUCAAGUGCACGGCUUGUAAGUCAGUGAAUUAUUGCAGUGUUGAUCACCAAAAGAAAGAUUGGCCGAAACACAAAAUCAAUUGUCGACCAUUCAAGAUCGCAACAUCAGAUGAACUGGGACGAUAUUUGAUUUGCACGCGUGAUAUACCCGCAAAAAGUGUGAUAUUUAUAGAACAACCAUUGGUAAUUGGUCCGAAGUGGGAAUGUACGGAAUCACCUGAUUUUCCGUGCGUUGGAUGUUUCAAGCCAACACCAAUCAAUGGAAAUAAAUGUCCAAAUUGUCUAUGGCCAGUAUGUCAAACCAAUUGCAUAGGACUCAAAGAUCCACAAAUGCACGGAGUGGAAUGUUUCAUUUUAUGUAUGCGUCGUAAUACGAAUCAAACCUUUAAAUAUCGAAGUGAAGUCUUACUUACCCUACGGUGCUUAUUACUGCAGUGGAAAUAUCCGGAUCGUUGGGAGAAAGUAAUGAUGCUUGAAAGUCAUGAUCAGCAACGUCUUGGCACGCGUUAUUACAAAGAAGCUGAUGAACGUAUUGUAUCAUAUUUGAUGGAAAAUUUCUGGUCCGAAAUCGAUAACAUUGAAAAAGAGCUGGGAAAAAAAAUUGUUGAGAAACGCGACAAAAAAAUGUUACAUCGAAUUUGUGGAAUUAUGGAAGUGAAUGCUUUAAAUAUUGCCUUAGGCCAUGAAAAUGAUGAAGAAGUUAGCGCCUUAUUUGAAAAUGCUUGUAUUUUGGAGCACUCGUGUCUACCCAACUGUUUUUAUACAUUUGAUACGAAAAAAAAUUUCAAAAUAACAAUGCGCGCCGGAAGAACUAUUAAAAAAGGCGAACACCUAAGCAUCAUGUACACUCACAUGCUAUGGGGUACUCACAUGCGAAAUGAACAUCUUCAAACAAAUAAAUACUUUGUAUGCAAAUGUGAUCGAUGCAUUGAUUCAACCGAACUCGGUACAAAUUUUAGUGCAAUGAAGUGUAUUGGUGAUAUUGGGAAGACGUGUGGUGGUGUAUUGCUACCGAAAGAUCCGAUUGAUCUUAAUUCUGAAUGGUUUUGUGACCGAUGUGAUGUGUCCAUCCCAAAUCAACAAAUAGAAAUCAUUUUAACGAAUAUAGAACAGGAAGUGGACGAUUUGAUGAUGCCAUCUGUAUCGAGGAAAAAUCAAGCAUUAAUUGGACCACAAGAUUUUGAAACGCUCAUCGAAAAAUUAUCGCAUUUGUUAGACGAAAAUCAUUUUCAUAUGUUCGCACUUAGACAUUCGCUGAUACAAAUGUAUGGACAUAAAGAAAAUUACAUGCAUCAUGAAUUAUCCGACGAAAUACUAGAGAAAAAGAUCACAAUGUGUGAACAAUUGCUAAAUAUUCUUGAUAAAAUCGAUCCAAAUACAAUGCGACUCACCUUAUACACUGGCAUCGUCUUGUUUGAACUGCAUUUAGCUAUUUUGGAGCAAAAUCGCCGACAAAUUACCAAAGGAAUAGAAUCGAAUAAAAAUAUCUUACUUUUGGCUCAAAAUUAUUUACAUCGCGGUAAGGAGGCACUCUUACUAAAUCAAGACAUUAUUCAGGGUCGCCAACUUAUCAAAUCAUUUGAACGGGCUGAAAAUGGCCUACAAAGCAUUCUUAACGCCUAAAAACGGCCACAUGUGUCAAAGAAUGUUUUAUAGGAUUAAAUGGCACUAGUUUUUACAAUUGACGCGAAUUUUUACACAUUUAGCUAAAUAAAAAAUGUUGAAUCGAAUUUUUUUUUAAUCAUUUGUUUAUUUAAUAAUUAAGAGUCAUCAAAUUUAACAAGUGUUAUAUUCGUUCCCGCCCAUUCAAUUUUUGUAUGCGUCGUAUAUUAUGUCCAUCGUGUUGAAAUGA